GUGAUGGUAGGGCCGCGUCACUGGAGGGUGUAUAUAGGUCGUUCGCUAUAAGCAGUAACCGUCAUAAGCCAUCAUUAUAGAUAGAUGGAUUGUCGAUGUAUGUAUAUGAUCUCAGAAAAAAACUCUGACGUUUAACGUACUGGGAAUUUAUAUCCGUGUGCUCAUAGGAAUACAAUCAUUACAAGUCGUCUAUAGUACACAGUGCAGAUUGCAGAUAGCCAACGGUCAAGCAGUGGUCAGUUGGUGCAUUGGGGUAAGAUAAUAGCAGACCAACUUCUCGCAUACAUAUUUGACCAAUGGGUGGAGUAGGGGAAUCCCCAAAGAGCCUGGUGGCGCUCCUGAUGAUAGCGGUGGGGUUCGUACUGAACACCAUUGGGUUCGCCGCCCCGUACUGGGUGACGGUUUCACUGGGCUCGCGCUUCGGCCUAUGGAUGUAUUGCGACUUCCUAGAUAACUGUCACCAGUGGGAUUCCGACGGAAUAACAUUCGCCAAAUUUGACCAAGUUAGAGCAUUUGAAGGACUUGGAUUCGUUGGGACCCUUGUAGUGCUCUUUUUCACCGUAUUGUACAUAUGCGUGCCAAAAGUUGCCGGGAACAAGAUCCUUGGUAUCCUUGACGUGCUUGUUUGUUUUGCAUCAGCUGGAGCCAUCUUGAUUGGGGUUGUUAUAUUCGGAACGGAACACAGCGAUCUAGGUUGGGCAUUUGGACUAUCCACCGCCGGGGGAGUUUUGUUUGGUUUGGCUGGAGUUUUGCUGAUUCUGACAUUGUGUCGGAAGUAAGAAACUUUGGUGGGUACAAUGAAACAGGAAGUAGAACAUUUGGCGAGUACGAUAGGACAGGAGGUAGAACAUUUGGCGAGUACUGUAUUCUCACAUUAAAACUAGAUAUGCCCAUUGAAUAAGACUUCCUUUUAAAAUACGUGUAAACGUAUGUUGAAUUACUUCCAAAACAAAGUGCUACAUAAAGAAUGUGAUAUUUUUUUCUGACGAUUCAAAACUUUAUAAAAAAAAAAAAAAAAACACAAACAAAAAAACAAUAAAUACAAAAAAAAGAAGAAAAAACCCGAACAAAACAAUAAAAAUCAAACAACAAAAUCUAGAAGUGAAUAACCACGAAAAUUCAGAACGACUCAAGUUUGAUAAAAAGGACCACGGAAUGCUGACGGUUUUAUUAGUGAACCGAGAUAAAUGAUGUUAACUCGAAGUUUACUUUGAAUCGUGAAAAAAACAUUAUUGAUUCUAUUUUUUUUUCAUUCCAACUUGCAAACUUGUUUUUUUUUUUUUUUAUCUUUUAUCUUUUUUAAAUGUUGUAUAUGAUAUAUAACUCUUUGUUUAGUGGGUGUUUUAUAGAGAUAGGCAUCACAUAGUUUUUUUGUUAGAGUUUUCUAUGGUAUAGUGAGAGUUUGUCAAGAUACAUGUGCUAUAAUGUGUAUAUUAUCGAGAUAAUAAUACGAUAUCGUGAGAAUGUAUCGAGAUAAGUAUGUUAUAGUCAUAGAGUUUUAUAGACAUACAUAUGUAAUAUUGAGAAUUUUAUUGAGUGAUGAUUCAGAUGGAUGUGAGGGUUCAUGUUAAAGAGGGUGCAUGUUUAAGAUUCAGCGAGAGUGCGAAAGUUAAUGAAGUUACGAUCUGUGUAAAUAUCGAUAAAACGAGAAUGUAGAUUACAUGUAGUGUGCGCGAGGUUCUCUCUGGGUAGGGAUUCACGUGAAGAUGAAUGUUUGAGCAUGAAAAUUAGCGUGUGCAACCAAAAAAAAAAAAAAAACCAAUUGUUGAUUACUUUUUUUUCUAUUUCAUAUAUUGUCUGUAUUGAUAUGGAAUAUACAGGUUCCGAUUUAAGUUUUUAAAAGUACCAGUACUACUAUAUCUGUAUAGGCACUCUUGUUACGACAUCGAUAAAAGACGUCAUGCCGUUAAGGCAUGGUUUCAGUAUAGGAAAAAAUGUGUUUACGGUUAAUAGUCUCCAACAGUUUGUCGAUGCAAUAAUGAAUACAUUAAGUAUAUUUUAUAAAUGAUGUAUGGAAGUAAGAUUUGACCGGAAGUAAGUCAUUAUUCAACAAAACAUGAAUUACAAUGUAAUUUAUUAAUACAGUUUUAUAAUGCAUUAUCUAUAGCUGAAGUCAUUCGAUAAAUGGGGAGCUUAAUAUUGCGUCUUGUGAAAAGUUUGCUUGUGGACUAUUUUUCGCGACGGCGUAAAGAAAUUACGUUGUGAUUCGGUUAUGAGCUUGAACAAUUUCCACGUUUUCCCAUUGCAACUCUAAAAGUAUUAAGUAGUUUGAAAAUGGUUUUACAAGAAUUAUUAUUACUGCAACUCCCAGAUUUUAAAUCACUUUCCCCGGUUAGGACCGAUAUGGUCAGUAGAUGUGAAUUAACAAAGAUGUUCAAUACUUUCAAUAUUACACAUGAACUCGGAUGUACAGACUGGAUUAUCUGUUAGUUACAAUCCUCCCCGCUAGGCUGCGUGCAAUGUUAUGAAAUUAUGUUUAGAUUGUCUUUGUCGGAUAACAAUGAUAUAAUAUAUAUAAAAAACACUUAUGAAAUUAUGUUUAACUUUGAGCUGGAUGGGACCUCCUUGACGAAACUUACAGAAUGGUAUCAAGUUUUUCUUAUGUAGGAUUAUUCAUUAGAUUCGUAAAUGAGUGUGGGUGUCUGGAUUCCGGAUGCCCCGGUGUGAUAUUAAUAAUAGAUUUUGUAUGAAGAAAAAUAAUACAUCUUGUGUGUAUUUAAUGUAGACGUAGAUAAUUAAGUUAUGUUUUUACUUGAUAAUAAACACGGGGUGAUUGUUA